GUUCGUUCUUUUCUUUCCUCCUCACUGGAAAAGCAACGCAGAUAGCAAUUCAAUCAGCUACCCACCCUCCCUUGUUUGCGAUGGAUGUAUGUAUAUGCGGUGUUGCUAAUAUAUGCGUGCGCGGUUUUGCCCGCGAAGCCGUUCCGUCGGGAGCCACCUAUUGGGGUGGUCACCAGGCGGAACGGCAAACCCCAGCCAUGGAUUGUAAAUUUCCUUCCCUCAGGCGUGGUUGAUGAAUCUUACCAAGCCAAAUGAACCCUAUAUCAUCGAUAUGGCGACCACCGAAAUCUACCGCGAUCGCGAGCGUGGAAUACCCCGAUACUUGCAAUUCCAUCGCGAGAUCGGGCUCAAACCAGACUUCAAGACCUUCGCGGACAUCAACCCGGACAAGAAGGUCCAAGCCCUCCUGCAGUCCGUUUACCGAGUUCCCGAAGACGUCGACCUCCUCGUCGGCACACUGGCAGAGGAGCCGAGACCAGACGGUUACGGGUUCGGUGACACGGCGUUCCACAUCUUCAUCCUCAUGGCUUCCCGGCGAUUGUUCACGGAUCGUUUCUUGACUGACGACUACAAACCCGAGAUAUACACCGCGGAGGGUAUCAAGUACAUCGAGACACAGGGCAACUUCAAGGGGUUGAUCUCACGGCACUUCCCAGAGCUGGCCUCUUCUGUGAACUCCGUCGACAACCCUUUCAAGCCGUGGAAGCUUAGUUCUUGGACGGAGACUUCCGCGGAGUAGUAUAGCAGAUUUCUUGACCUUUUGACCGAUUUGCGGGUCGCAUAGCACAUUUCUAGUACCCUGGCUAUAAACAUAUGACUGGCAUUGUGAAAC